AUGGCGGAGGAAAAGGAGGACCACUGGUCUUCCGAGGCAUACCAGCACUCGGCAUCGUUCGUGCCGAAGCUCGCCACCAAGAUCGUGCAGUGGCUCGACCCGCAGAAGGACGACGUGAUACUGGAUAUCGGGUGCGGCGACGGCGUCCUCGAUAUCCAGAUGCACGAGAUCCUCGCCCAGGGCAGCGGCAGCAUCCACGGCAUCGACUCCUCACCAGCCAUGAUCGCCGCCGCGACGCAGGCGGCCCAGGCGGCGGGCGCUUCCAAAUGCACGUUUGAAGUCUUAGACGCGCUCGACCUCGCGCGCACGCCGCACCUGCAGCGCGGGCAGUACACGAAGGUGUUCAGCAACGCGGCGCUGCACUGGAUCCUGGGGGGCGCGGGCGCGGGGCAGCAGGCGGGGUUCUUCGCGGCGGCGGGGGCGGCGCUGGCGGCGGGCGGGCGGUUCGCGUUCGAGAUGGGCGGGCUGGGCAACGUGGCGGAGGUGCGGGCGGCGCUGAUCGGGGCGGUGGCGCGGCGGCUGGCGGCGGCCGAGGGCGUCGCGCACGCCGACGCCGUGCGCCGCGUCGCCGCGCGCCACGACCCCUGGUUCUUCCCGGACGAGGCGUGGGCGCGGCGCGCGCUCGGCGGCGCGUGGCGCGUCGAGCGUGUCGAGCGCGAGUACCGCCCCACCACCGCCGACCCCGGCGGCGUCGAGGGCUGGAUCCGCCUCUUCGGCGCCCGCUUCUUCGACGCCCUGCCCGACCCCGCUGACCGCGAGGCCUGCCUCCGCGAGGUCGCCGACGUCCUCGAGGUCGUGUGUCGCCGCCCCGACGGCCGGUUCCAGCUCGGGUACGUGCGACUGCGAGUGCUGGCGAGGAAGCUGUAG